AUGGACUACGACAGUGACUCCAGUGGGGAUGAGGACUUCGACGAUACUGGUGUCCUUCUAGGAUAUGCCGCCGAAGAACUUAUCGAAGACACAAUCAGUCAUCUUGGAGGCUGGCCGAAAUGGCUCGAUGAUGCCUCUCCUGCGCCUGGCGACUUUGCCAAUUGCAAAGUCUGCAACUCUCCAAUGCUCCUUCUCCUCGAGCUGCACGGCGACCUACCCGAUCAUUUCCCGACCGACGAACGGCGCCUAUACGUAUUUGGAUGCCCCCGAAAACCCUGCAACCGCAAACCAGGCAGCAUUCGAGCAUUCCGCGCAUCGCGCAAGGUCACUGUCGGCGCACCCAAAGCCGAACCCAAGGAAGAAGCCCCGCAGCCCAGCGCCCCCGAACCACCCAAGCAGGACCUCGGCGCAAGCCUGUUCGGCGCAACCAACCUGACCAGCAAUAUCUCCGCAAACACCAAUCCUUUCUCCUCAGGUCCGACACCAGCUGGAAGCAACCCCUUCGCGACACCAGCCCCGUCAACCCAGGCACCAGUCGCGAAGCCCGAGCCCUCAGCAAACAACCUUGCCGAGUCCUUCGCAGACAAAGUGCGUGUUUCCUCGCCGCCUCCCGUGGCCGCUUCUAAGCAAACGCCCGAAUCAUCGACGCCGGCGCCAUGGCCCGCUCAGUCUGAAUUCCCGACACCGUACAAGAACUUCUACCUAGACGCUGAAUACGAGACCAUCUCACGACCCUCAACACCCACGGUCCCUGACAAUGUCCAGAUGGAGCCUAUGGAAGAAGAAGGCGCCGGUGGCGCCGAGCUCAAGGAUACUUUCGAGUCCGAGCUCGACAAGGCAUUCAUGAAGUUCUCGACUCGUCUCUCGCAUAACCCGGAGCAAGUGCUGCGAUAUGAAUUCCGCGGCGCACCGCUCCUAUACUCAACCGUUGAUGCUAUCGGGUCUCGACUUCAUGUCAACACCGAUCCUGGCACUAAGGUUAGCACUAUUGGCGCAGGUAGCAUUCCUUCGUGCGAGUACUGCGGCAGCCACCGUGUCUUUGAGUUCCAGCUUGUGCCGCAUGCUAUUAGUAUGCUUGAAGAGGGGCGCGCUGGCGUUGGCCUUGGAAAGGAUGAUGCGGGCAUGGAGUGGGGUACUAUCAUUAUGGGUGUUUGUUCAAAGGAUUGCGCACCGCAGGAGUUGGGCGUCACCGGUUGGCGCGAGGAAUGGGCUGGUGUGCAGUGGGAGGAGAUGAAAUAG